AUGGUCACCAUGAUCAUGGUCAUGGUUGUCAUGAUGAUCCCUAUGACCAUGGUGAUGGUGGUCUUGAUGGUCACCAUGAUUGUGGUCAUGAUUCAUUAUGAUCAUGGUCUUGAUGUUCACCAUGAUUGUGGUCAUGAUGGUCACCAUGAUCGUGGUCAUGUUGGUCAUGACAGUCACUAUGAUCAUCGUCAUGAUACUCACCAUGAUUAUUGCCAUGAUAAUCACCAUGAUAAUCACCAUGAUUAUGUUCAUAAUGGUGUUGAGCACCAUGAUCGGGUUCAGGAUGAUUUUGGUUAUGAUGUUCAUGUUGGUUACCAUGAUUAUGUUCAUGAUGGUCGUCAUGAUCAUGGUCAUGAUGAUCACCACGAUCCUGGUCAUGACGGUCUUCAUGAUCAUAGUCAUGAUGGUCAGCAUGCUCAUUGUCAUUAA